AUGCCUCUCCAAGAUCACGCCACCGCCCUCACGAGCUCGCUCGAGAAGGCUAAUCUUGUGCCUGGCUCAGCAGCGAGCCUUAUUCCUUCGUCCUUCACGCCAGGCACUAAGCUGAGUGUCGCAUUCGGGGACAGAUCUGUUGCUUUGGGAAACUUUUUUCGUGCUGGCGAGUGCAAGAUUCCUCCCACUGUAUCAUUCAGUCCUGAGGCUGGCGCGUCCUCAAGUGCAUCGUACACUCUUAUUCUCACGGACCCGGACGCACCCACGCCAGAUGAUCCUAAGUUCGCUUUCUGGCGACACUGGAUCUUGAGCGGACUGCAGCCUCUGAGCGGUAAUGGAGGACUAGUAGCUGUGACAAAAGGACCAGUAACGGAGUACUUGGGCCCAGGGCCGAAAGAUGACUCAAAGCCACAUCGAUAUUUGUUCCUUCUGUAUCGGGAGCCAGAGGGCCUAGACCUGAAGAAAGAAGAUGCCGGCGGCGAAGAAUUCGUGCAGAGACGCUCGUUCAAGCCUGCUGAGUUCGCGGAGAAAUUUGGGUUGAAACUGGUCUCCGUCAACUGGAUGACUUGUGCUGGAGAUGGGUGGACAGAAUAG